CCAGUGCUCAGUGUAAGUGUAAAGCCACAAUAUUCCUGAUAUAUUUUUCUUUCCAUAGAUGGCUGGAUCAAGGGGAAGAUGAUGGUAAAAUUGCCAGAGAACUGUAUGCCAGAGAUAACAGUAUCAUUUUUGUGCGGCAGAAGCUAGAACUUAGUAGAAAAGAAACAUGGGCUGCAGAAAGAUGGAAGUUUAUGAAAGGAAAUACUCUUCAGUUCUACAACAAGCUCACUGGAGGGUUUGUCCGUCUGCAUCCAGAUGGCACAGUUGAUGCACUUGGAGAGAAGACAGACAAAUGUGGUCUCUUUGAUGUUAUUUUCAACAAAGGAAAUAUGUGCAUUUUCCAGAGUCAUGUAAUCAGGCAUCUUUCUCUUGCUGUUGACAACAGUACUGUCACUGGAAUGGCUAGUGGUGGAGCCUGCACUGAGCUGCGAGUGCUUUAUCAGCCCAACCGCUGUGCACUUCUUGAGUCAGCAUUGGUUCCCGGUCAUACGGUUAUUUUUGAUCGUCAUGGCAAAAGAGCUGCUGAAUCAUCAGCAGGCUAUGCAGACCUUUCAAAAGAAUUUGUGGUUUUUGUCAAGGGCGUGUUCCUGAACAGUGCUGUGGUUCUACUUGCCACGAGUCUGUGCCAAGCCCUGUGUCUCCAGCCUGAUGGGAGCUGCACUGGAGUGGGAAGCCAGUCUGAGAAAUCCUACUGGAAAGUGCAUAAAAUCAGCUCUGGUAUUUGCAUGUUUGAAAGUGUGAAAAAUGCAGGGAUGUAUCUGAGGAUUAAGGAUGGCCAGUGUGAUGGAACAGGUACAGGAGAUACUGACUGUCAUUUUAAAAUAAAGAAGAACUUGGAAAAUGCAUCUGUAAGCCUGGAAUCUACGAAAAUCCCGGGGUUGUUUGUUGGACUUGAGUCAGAUGGACAGGCAAAACCAGUUAUUUAUACCAAGAAUGGGAAUGUUUUCUUCUAUCCACAAGUCGUCAAAUUUGGCAGAGAAAACCCAAUGGGUAUGUCAGCAACACCCAGCCAAGAGGAGGAAAAGAUCCAUGAGACAAAAAAUCAGCAAGAAACACCAGCAGCAUUUGAGGCCAAGCGUUCCUUACUUUCUUCAACUGCAAAGAGUAACAGAAAAUAGAUGUCUCUUGCUGACAACCUUAUGAUGCUAUCACAUCAAGCAGAGGGAAGAGAAAUUAGCCUUUCGAUUCUUGCUGUUGGAACAGGCCCAGUUUUAUAUUUCCGUGUCGUAUCAUGAAUCCUUGGAACAGUGUGACAAAUCUCACACUGCAUGAGAAACAUGUGCUUAGUUAAAAUUUUUCACAGAAGGAAAACUCAAUCUUGUGUCAGGAAGUAAUGGCACCUAAAUCUGGGAUGGCCACCUCAAGUAAAAUUUGACUUGGUUGAAGAUAACAUACUAGCUGAAAUCCCUAGAAAUAGAUACUUUUUUUAAGAGUAACAAAAUGCUGAAGAGGAAAACUUCUAUAUAUCUUAUGAAUAUUUGUCUCUUCUGGCGAAAACAUCUUUGAAAUGUUACCGUUGUUGAACGUUUUUAAAUUUAAGGUGUACCAUAUGUUGAUUUAAUAUUUUUAUAUAUCGCACUAUGCAAUAGAUAUAUAAUACAUGCAAUAUGCAACAGUGCACCUCCAUCACGUUGUGUAAUUAUAUAUUUCUUUUUUGUAAUGAGAAUAAUUGAGAUCUAGUGUAUUCAUAAUUUUAGUGUCUAUAAUACAAUAUUGUCACCUAUAGUCACUAUACCUUACAUCUUUAUGUCUUAUUUACAUACUAGUUGCAAAUUUGUAUCCUUAAACAUCUCUUCUGUUCCCACCCCUGAACUCCAAGCCCUUGGUAACUACCAUUUUACUUUCUGUUUUUAUAACUUUAGCUUUUUUUUAGUUUCCACAUAUACAGGAUCUCAGAAAGUAUUUAUCUUUGUCUGACUUAUGUCACUUGGCAUAAUUUUCUCAAGGUCUAUCCAUGUUGUUCCAAACGGAAGGAUUUCCUUCUUACGGCUUUCACAGCUUCCUUACCCGUUGAAAUGCUGCUGGGCACUUAGAUUGUUUCCAUAUCUUGGCUACUAUGAAUAAUGCUGCAAUAAACAUGGAAGUGCAUAUAUCUCUUCAGUAUCCUGUUUUCAUUUCCUUUGGAUACAUACUCAGAAGUGGAGUUGCUGGAUCAUACGGUAGUUCUAUUUUUAAUUUUUUGAGGAAUCUCCAUGCCGUUUGCCGUUGUGGUGCUACCAGCUUAAACACCAGUGGUGCACAAGGGCUCCCUUUUCUCCAUAUCCUCAUCAACACUUAAUCUCUUGUUUUCUUGAUGAUAGCCAUUCUUACUCGUAUGAGGUGAUAUCUCAUUGGUCUUGAUUUGAAUUUUCCUGAUGAUUAGUGAUAUUGACCAUCUUUUCAUAUACAUGUUAGCCAUUUGAAUAUUUUUUGGAAAAAUGUCUAUUCUUCUGUCCAUUUUGUAAUCAUAUUGUUUUUCUGUUUUUGAGUUGUAUCAGUUCUUUGUAUAUUUUGGAUAUUAACCCCUUAUUUGAUACCAUUGUUAAAUUUUUAAGGAUUGGAAGGUAUACGUUUUAGAAUAAAGCUAGAAAGAUUGAGUAAUUUUCAAAAAUGAUGAAAUUAGACCUCAUGAUAAAUACAAACUUUUUCAAGUCAUUCUUUCAUGUAAUGAGUUAUCAAAUAGGAAUUUUGUGCUUACCAAAUGUCAGAUGUAAGGAAAUACAGUGAUAGACAAAACAGACUCAGUCUCUGACUUCUUGGAGUUUACACUCCAUCGAGCCAGAUAAAUAUUAAACAAUCACAUAAAAAUAUAAAGUUAAAAACUGAUACAUGAGAUGUGGGAAACAUUCAGGGCAUGCUAGACACAAAACAAAAUUUCAGUUAUUAAUUCAUUUAUAAAAAGACUUGCAAGUCCUUUUUUUGUUUGUUUGAAGUUUUUAUUUAAAUUCCAGUUACUUAACAUACAGUACGAUAUUAGUUUCAGGUGUACAAUAUAUUGAUUCAACAUGUCCAUGCCCCACCUGGUACUCAGCACAACAAGUACACUCCUCUGAUAAAGGGUUAGUAUCCAAAAUAUAUAAAGAAUUUAUAGAACUCAACACUCCAAACAUGAACUAUACAAUGAAAAAGUGGGCAGAAUACAUGAACGUUUUCCAAAGAAGACAUACAGAUGGCCAACACACACACGAAAAUAUGCUCAACAUAACUCAUCAUCAGGGAAAUACAAAUCAAAACUACAAUGAGGUAUCAUCUUACACCUGUCAGAAUGGCUAAAAUCAACAACACAAGAAGCAGGUAUUGGCAAGGAGAGAGGGGAACCCUCUUGCACUAUUGGUGGGAAUGCAAACUGGUGUGACCACUCUGGAAAAGCGUAUGGAGGUUCCUCAAAAACUUAAAAGUAGAACUACCCUGUGACACAGCAAUUGCACUACUAGGUAUUUAUCCAAAGAAUACAAAAAUACUAAUUCAAAGGGAUACAUGCACCCCAAUGUUUAUAGCAGCGUUAUCUACAAUAACCAAAUUAUAGGAACAGCCCUAUUGUCCAUCAACUGAUGAGUGCAUAAAGAAGGAUAAAGAGCAUAUGUGUAUCCACACAUACACACAAUGGAAUAUUACAGUACUACUCAGCCAUCAAAAAGAAUGAAAUCUUGCCAUUUGCAGCAACCUGGAUGGAGCUAGAGACUAUUAUGCUAAGAAAAAUAGAGAAAGACAAAUACCAUAUGACUUCACUCAUGUGUGGAAUUUUAGAAACAAAACAAAUGAGUAAAGGGGAAAAAAGGAGAGAGAGGCAAAACAAGAAAAGGACUCUUAACUGUAGAGAAUAAGCUGAUGGUUACCAGAAUGGAGGUGGGGGGAAUGGGUUAGGUAGGUGUAAGUCCUUUGUUGUGGUUAAUGGUGAUAUAGGAGAAAUGGAGAGUGGGCCAAAAACUGAGAAAAGGGAGACUGAACUUCAUCUGUUAAUGCGCUAUUUAAGUCAUUGACAUGGCACAGACACUGGACAUGAAAUCCUGGAAAUUCAGAUGGUAAAGCUCUCCUAAUGCAAAUGCCGUUUGCAAAAUCCCCAUGAUUUGUUUGAAUGCUGCCUUCGCGGAUUGUAGUAGAAAUGGCUUUUAUACGUCGAUGACUUUAAUAGGAAAAAAUAUCUUCCCGUAUGACUAUUACCUAGAAGGUUCCCAUUCAUUACUGAGUAAUGAAAUCACAACUGUCUUCUUUCUACCUCUCAAACAUCCGUAGUACUUAAAAGGUGUUUCUUGCCAGAAAUACCUUCCUUUUGGUUUUGCAAUUUAGCUGUCAUGCUAGAUGGAUUUGGGUUACAUUAGCCAUUCAUAUUAAAAUAUAUGUUAGUUGAAAAAUAAUUCAGCAAAGUUAUUUCGUGUUUUAAAAGUAUCAAAAGCAACUAUCCGCUCCUGAAGAAUGAGAUUAUGGUUGUCAGUCUACUCCAGGAUAGGGCAAGUUUUAAAGAGUUUGAGGAUUAGGUAUUAUAGAUAAAAUAAACCUGUCCUCUGUAUUCAAGACUCUUGCUUAUUAAAAAGAAAAUGGAUGUUUUUCUCAUCUACAUCAGAGAGAGACAGAGAUUUAGAACUUCUAAAACUACAUAUUCAAUAGAUAGUACUUUUUUUGUAGUAAAUAGAGGUGUAAGGCCAUUAAAUUUGCAAGAUUUUCCUUUAGGGCUAAGUUGAAUUUUAAUAUUAGUUUUGUUAGGGAAGGGGGACGCUUUGAGGAAGGAAUUUUACUUUUUUUAAAAAGAAAUUUAAAAGUAUGGUAACUUUCAAAUAUACACAAAAAUAGAAUGGAAUAAUGACUUCCCACGUACCCACUGCCCAGAUUCAACAAUUACCACCAUAUGACCAGUCUUGUUUUAGUUAUGAUCCUUCACAUUGUGUCCCACGUUGCCCCCCUUGGAUUAUAGCACAUCUAAGGCGCCAUAUCAUUUCUUCCAUAAGCACUUUGGAAAUUUGUAUUUCAGUAGUUAUUAAAAUAUUUGGGAAUAUAAAUUGCUUCCACAUAAGUUUGGAAACAUUGCAUCUAAAAACAUUUGAACCAAAAAGAGAAGCUUUACAAUUGGAUGUUCUGAACUGAAGUUGUCCUUAGAAAUCUUCAAUGUGACUUAUUUUUAUGAAUGAGAAAACUGAGGCUCAGGAAGAUAAAUGUGGUUGAAGUCUUCCCUCCAAAUUGAGGGCAACCCACCCAUUCUGUCCAUGAGAAUUUGAGCAUUGCAGUAUGUGCAGCCACAGCAGUCCUUAGUCAGCCGCUGGCGUCUCACUGCUGUUACUGAGCAAGGCCUAAUCUGUGCCAAAGUCUCAGCCAUAGCAUAUACUUUCUUGUUUUAAAAUUAAAAAAAAAUAAUAUUUAUUUAUUUUUGAGAGAGCCUGAAUGGGGGAGGGGCAGAAAGAGAGGGAGACACAGAAUCUGAAGCAGGCUCCAGGCUCUGAGCUGUCGGCACAGCCCGAUGCAGGGCUCAGACUCACAAGCAGAGAGAUCAUGACCUGAGCCAAAGUCAGAAGCUUAACCAACUGAGCCACUCAGGCGCCCUGCAUAUACUUUCUUUAAACCUCUUUAGAUGCCAACACUUUAAAAAACAAACAAGUAAUAUUUGGGCAAAGAAGAUGUGAAAUCUGUUACCAAGUUUAAGUCUUCCUUAAAAGCAGUCACAGUAAACUAAGUUUAUUCUGAAAAAAAUGUAGAACACAUAAGGCAUAAAGGAAAAAGUUAAAAUUGUAUCAUCUUAUUACCGUCCUAAAUGCAUACACACAUAUAUAGGUUAUGUUGAGUACACAGUUUUGUAAUCUGCUUCUCAGCUAAUAGAAUAUAGUAAGCAUUAUGAGUAUUUUUAUAACAUUAAAUAAUUUUAUAAAAUAAUUUAAUAGCUGCAAAUAAUCCAUUGUAUAGAUAUUCCAUACCAUAUUUACCUACUCCCUUACUAUUGGGUAUUGUUUUUCAAUUUUUUUCAAGUAUAGCUGGCAAUGGAUGCUCCUCUGUAUUUUGUGUUGUUUCUUUAGAAUAAUUCUUAUAAAUAGACAAGGUAAUAGCUUAUAUUAACUGUUCUUCCUGUUGUGAUCUUAGAGGUUUUUUUUUAAUGUUAAAAAAAUAGCAACAUCCAGACUGAAGUAUAAGUUUAUUCUUUUGUGCUCAUGCUAUUGUAGUAAGUUACAGUGUAGAGGUAGUGUAAGUUUUCAUUUAUCACAGAAUGAAGAUAUGAAGGGGGAACCUGGGUGGCUCAGUUGGUUAAGUGUCCAACUUUGGCUCAGGUCAUGAUCUCACAGUUUGUGAAUUCAAGCACAUCGGGCUCUGUGCUGACAGCUCAGAGCCUGGGGCCUGCUUCUCUGUCUCUCUGUCUCAAAAAUAAAGAUUAAAAAAAAAAAAAAAAGAAUGAGGAUUUGAAGGGACUUUUCACCUGGCAAAAAUAACAUAAAAGUUCACAUGAAUGCAGAAAUAAGGCACACAGUUUUAAGCAAUCCUAAUCAGUUGAAAGUACCUCUCUAUGUUGAACAGAAAACCUACUGCUUAUAAAUUCUUUUGGCAUAUAAAAAGUCAACAUCCUGUCCUAUAAAAUAAACCUUGAUGUUUUUACUUAGUAUAUUCUCAUUUCUUCUUAGUAUAUCCUUCAUACACACACACACACACACACACACACACACACACACACACACAAUAAAAAGUGGAUUUUUAGUUUCUUUUUAGUAUAUUCUCUUCUAUUUGAAAUAUAUAUUUUUAAUAGUUCCUCCUAAUAUAUGUUUUCUAAUUAUUUACUGUUAUGGAUAUUUCUUUUAAAGGUAUUGAGGAGGGCACCUUUUGGGAUGAGCACUGGGUGUUGUAUGGAAACCAAUUUGACAAUAAAUUUUAUAUAUUAAAAAAAAAUAAAUAAAAUGUUUUUCUCCAUGUAGGAGCCUGUCUUUUCAUAUAAUCUGAAUGGUUAGAAUAAUGGCGUUCCUUUAAUGUGGACCUCAUAUGUCUGUUAGUAUGGUCUUGGCUUGGAAUACAUGUUGUAGGGCAUUGCUAUUGGACUUUUGGUAUUCAUUAAGAUCAUUUAGGAUAUUGUAUUCAGAUCCUUUCACUGAAAAAUAUAUAACUGAUGUUUUGAACCAAAAUGUGGACCUUUACCUUGAUACCAGUUAAUUUUUAUUUUUUUGAUAUCAGUCCAACAUUCUAACAUGCUGAGAUAGUUUUGAUUAUUUGAUGUUAGCUCUCCCUACCAGCUUUAUGCUUUCUGUGCUUUAUAUAAAUGCCUUAAGUCAAGAAACUGAUAAAUUUGUGAAUAAAAUAAUACGGUUCAUGUUAAGUUUGUAGAAAUAGAUAUUUUUAUAUGGUAGAGAUACCUAUGGAGAGACGGCUUUACCUUAUUUUUUUUCCAGAUGAUUUUGCAGUUAAAUAGCCAUUUUUCUGAUACUGUGUAUCAGAUAUUAAUGGGCAUUAGUGGGCUUUACAUUUUAGUAUAUAAAUAGUUAUUUUUUCCAAUGUUUAUGUACUUAUUUUGAGAGAGAAAGGGAGGGAGUGUGUGUGCACAUGUGAGGGAGGGGCAGAGAGAGAGAGACAAAGAAUCCCAAGCAGGCUCUGUGCUGUCAGCAUAGAGCUCAAGGUGGGGCUUGAUCCCAUGAACUCUGAGAUCAUGACCUGAGCCAAAAUCAAGAAUUGGACAAUUAAAGGACUCAGCCAUCCAGGCACCCCUACAUUUUAGUAUAAAUCAACUUUUUUCAAACACUGUCUUGAAAAAGUACACAAAAAUUUACGCAGUUUGUUUUUUUAUGCCCACACUCUGAUGGUGAUUCAUGCUUUUAGUGAAACUUAACUUUAAACGAAAUUUUUUUAAAUGUGUAUUUUAUUUUUUUGAGAGACAGAGCAUGAUUGCAGGAGGGGCAGAGAGAAAUGGAGACACAGAAUCGAAAGCAGGCACCAGGCUCUGAGCUGUCAUCACAGAAUCUGAUGCAGGGCUCAAACCCACGAACUGUGAGAUCAUGACCUGAGCUGAAGUCGGAUGCUCAACCGACGGAGCCACCCAGGUGCUCCAAGUGGACCUUAACUUUGUUCAAUCCAUGAACUAUUAGAAUCAGCUAAUUUGUUAUUUUAUUUCUGUAUUUUUUUUCUUUUCUCUAGAGCUUUAAGAGACCAGCAGUGGUACCUUAGGGUUUGUUUGUUUUUCCUUUGGGCCGAGUCAACCUGAGUGGUGCUUAAUUAAAGUGUUCUGUCACCCCUGUGAAGUACGUUUUUAGUCAUUUGGGUACAUUUUCGGCACUGUAGAUUUUAUUCAGGGAGACCCUGAAAGAGUCUGUCAGUUAAUUCAGAGUCACCAUCAAAUAUUCUCCCAGCUUAGAAUAUUUUAAACCUCUAGUCAACAAUAGCAAAUGCUUUUAUGGUUCUCAAAUGGAUACGUUUAUGGUCUGAGACUAAUGGACUUUGGUUUAUUUCCAGAAGAUCAGGGCAUUAGAUGGAAUUCAUAUUUAAUUGAUAGCACAACUUUGAUACAUUAUUCUAUAUGCUAGAUUCUACCAUAUUAAGUCAUCAGCUUUUAUGACAUAAGUGCAUGCCAAUGAUAUGCAUGUUCGUGCAAAUGUGUUAUGUUUGUGAAAACGUUAGAGAAUGAAGAAGAGGUUUUAGAGAACAUUAAUUUUUUUCAGAUGGAAGCAGACAAACUACAAGGAUGCACACAUGUGCAUGAAUGUGUAUGUACUUGCAUAUGAAUACCCCAAAAAACU